AUACGCAUCAUCAGCAUCUUUAAGAGAGACUCCAUCCAGCCUCUGCACUGUCUGUUCUGCUGUGUAGACCAUUUGUCAGAUACAACUCCAGCCACUGUUUUAGUGCACUCAGACCACUUUGACUUUCCCUACGGCACCACAGAUGUCAUGUGUCAGAUUCCUCACAACUGCAGCGCUACACAUGUUACACUUGUGCCGGACACAAUGAGGCCCACAAACCCGACGUGGCUUCCAUUAAGAAACAAGAAGAUUAUUGAGAAGAAUAAAAGGUUUGAGUUUAACUUCACCGUCUGCAUCUCCACCCUGUUUGGAGGCUACAACAAUGUGCUUCAGUUUGCGCAGACCCUCGAAAUUUACAGGCUGCUGGGUGUGGGCAGAGUGGUGGUCUACAACAACAGCGGCGGCCCAGAACUCAGCCGCCUGCUGCACAGCUACAGCCAGGAGGGUUUGGUGGAGCUGGUUCAGUGGCCCAUCCACAAUUAUCUGAAUCCGUCUCAUGGUUGGCAUGCCUCAGAAUUUUCAGGGGACCUACAAUACUACGGUCAGGUGACUACGCUCAACGAGUGCAUCUACAGGUCCAUGGAGCGCUCACGCUACGUCCUGCUGAACGACAUCGAUGAGAUCAUCAUGCCGUACCAGCACGACAGCCUGACGAGCCUGAUGGACACGCUCCAACCACAGCAUCCCAAUACGGGGGUGUUCAUCAUUCAGGUUAUAAUCUAUCCCAAGAAAACCGCAGAGGAAAGUAACAAAGGCUACGUGGACGCAUGGAAGCAGGUCCCAGGCUUUAACAUUCUGCAGCGCAUCUACUGGGAGGACCGUAAUAAAGACCAAUACCACCCACACAAGAUGUUAGUUCAGCCAAGCUUUGUGGAGCAGACGUCAAUUCAUCAAGUGCUUAAGGCAUUCGGAGAAAGUUACAAGAUUCCAGAGAAGAUGUGUCAUAUCGUCCAUAGUGUAACAAACCAUCCCAUUGAACGGCCGCUGGAGGAGCUGCACCUCGACAAACGACUGUGGGACUUUAAGGACAGAGUGAUACCACGAGUGACCGAGAUGCUGAGGAGAGCAGGUCUGCUGAGUUCAGAGGAGGAAGCUGAUAGAAUUAACUGAUUCUACGUACAGUAUGAUGCGAUAUUUUUGAUUUUUAAAAUGUUUUUAAUGGUGACUAGAAUCUUUUGGUGCUUUUUUGUGAUUUGAUAUGAUUUGAUCCACCUCCUCCAACAGCAACAACCACAUUGACCCAAAAAAGCAGUGGCAUAGACAUUUUUCUGUGUUUGAAUCAUUCACUGCUCAAUGUACAACAUUUUUAAUCAACAAUGUACAAAGGGAGCGGCUUCUUGGUUUGUCAUAACACAUUCGGUCUCUUAUGACAAACAUCAUAGCCAGACGCUGUGCACAGUAUUAAUAGUCUGAACAAUAAAUAUUUGAGAAAAGAGGAAAUUGUUUUCAAGAGUUUCAUUUAAAUGCUACCUCAGAAGAUUUCAAGUUGUGUAGAACUUUGUAAUCUGUUUGGGGCAAACAGGAACCUGGAAGAAAUGUUGAAAUCAAAUUUAAACAGCAAAAAAAUUCAAAGCUAAAUGCCAAUAAAGUUAAUCAAAAAUCUAAUAUUUUGAUCAAAAUUCUUAAACAAAAUUCUACAUUGUGUGUGUCCAUGUGCCACCUAGUGAACAGUACUGAGGUUUUGGGAUGUUUAUUACAAUAUGGAGCUGAAGGACUGAGUCCUUUACACUGACACUCUGGUUGCAUGGUCUUGGAAUAGCACUAAAGUGAAGCAGGGUGAGUGUUACUGUUGUCGCCUGCAGUUGUCCAGUCUUUUAAGUUAUGUAAAUCAUUCAGGUUUUUCCAAAGAGCAUUUUUGACCACAGGCACAGUUCCCUUCUUUUACGUAUGAUCAUGCAGUUGUUUCCAUUUCCAUUUUCAAGUGAGCUCUCGUUAAUCCUGUUCCCCCUCAAGUAGCAGGUUACAAUUCCCCUAAAAGGCCCAGUCAAUGUUUCUACUAGCCAUUUGCUUUGGUUUCAUCAUGAAUAUGUUGCAUCUAAUGUAGUUUUACACUAACCUUAAACUUUAAUGCUUCCUUAUAUCUAAUUUCAAAUCCUCAAGAAAAGCAACAGGUGUCUGCUACUGAAUGAGAAUUAAAACUACUGGUACAGAAGUAACUAAAACAGGUUCCCACAAAAUAAUUGUUGUUCUUUUGAAUGUGAAUAAAUGUGAAUGUACAAGUUAUGGCCCCACGAUUUAGCAAAAUAUCCCCAGACCAUCACACUUCCUCCCCUAUGUUUGACAGUUGUUGACACACACUUCUAAAUGAUUCUGUUGAGAAUUAGAGUUUGCAAAAUUACAGCAUGACAUGGUUGUUUUAAAUACCAAUAAAUUCUAAACUAUACAGUAAAAGUACACAGAUCUUUGUGUGGUGUGUACUUGUGUACUUGUAGUAGAAUAAGGAGAACGUGGUCUGGGCCUGGAACUAUGCACCAAAGUGAAAUUAUUAAUUAUCAAAGUGUUACAGUAUGACAUGGUAGUUUUAAAUACUAAUAAAUGCUUAAUUUUACAGUAAAAGUACACAGAUCUUUAUUAGGCGACAGUUUUGCUAUGUAUGCACUAUUUUGCUUUGUAGUUUUCCAUAUUUUGAACAGACCAAAAGUUUCGCUAUGAAAAGAGAAAGUCGCGACAAGCGUGUUUUAUGCUCUGCUGUAAAGCGCGUAAUACGGGCGCAAGACGUUUUUGAAGCGCGGCUGGCUGAACGACGGAUGAACGAACGACGGCUCACUUGACCGCAACUGGAUGGAUCGAACAGCUUCAAUUUCUGCAUCGUGCACCAACAGCAAAACGGUGCUAGAUGCUGAGUAAUGUGCUUCACUGAGUAGAAGAGCCAUGGACUUUGAAUUUCUCCCUCAGCCUCAGUCACCUGCUUGUUCAACCAACAUGCACUUACAACAGUGCAGAAAAGCUAAAAUGAACCAGUGUCCUUUAAUCAGACUGUAAACCACACUUUGCUCUUUAAAUAAACAAUUUCUAAAUUUUACCUCA